UAUCACCGCUCAUGAAUGAAUAACAAAUGAAAGAAAGUCUUGAGAGGGAAAUUAUACACAGAAAAAUCAUACGAAAAAUUGGCACGCAACAGCCAGGACUCAGUGAAUUUAAACAAGAUAUAAAUAUUUUUUAGAUGAACACAAACAACGCGACUUUAGACGGAUCAUUAAAUGAAGACGAAAUCAGGACAUUGAUGGACAGCAAUGAAUCGAAAACAACAGAAUUGAAAAUCGGAAAGAAAGGCGGCGAUUUCCUUGAAUCGGAGAAAAAUGAAAACGUAAUUAGUACUGUAUCGCCUGAUGGUGGAUGGGGUUGGAUAAUAGUGCUUGGUUCAUUCUUUGUUCACUUAAUAACCGACGGAUUGUUGUAUUCUUUUGGAAUAUUGUAUAUUGAAUUCCUAAAUCAAUAUGAAGGCAGUAAAGGGGAGACAGCUUGGAUAGGUUCUCUGGCAACAGGACUUCAGCUUGUAAUGGGACCCAUCGCCAGCGUUUUGACGAACAAGUUUGGAUGUCGAGCUACAACAAUCAUAGGUGCUAUAGUAACCUCCGUUGGUUUCAUUCUAAGCGCUUUUUCACCGAGUCGUUAUUUUCUCUAUUUCAGUUUUGGCAUACUUUCAGGUCUAGGUUUCGGUCUAACGUAUUUCCCAGCUGUUGUUAGCGUUGCACAUUAUUUUGAAAGCAAGCGAACUUUGGCAAUUGGACUUGCGUCUUGUGGGAGUGGUAUAGGAGCUUUUAUUCUAAAUCCCUUAUCAAAGUAUUUGAUUGACGUAUAUGGGUGGCGCGGAACAUUACUCAUUCAAGCGGGUAUUCAACUUAAUUGUAUUUUGUGUGGAGCCCUAUUUAGACCACUUACAAAACAGAAGCAACCAGUACCUCAAGGUGAAGAUACAGAAAGGAAAUUCUUUACACAAACGGAAAAAUUUAACAACACAAAUAACAUAUUAGAAACUGAUAAAGUAUUAUCAUUGGAAUUAUUACAUUUAUCGGCAAGUCAACGGAAUGAUACCGAGCGUGAACCAUUCCACAAUGUGAAAAGUUUGUGUCAGUACCCUUCUGUAUCAAAGAGGAGGCACAGCGGAGAACCAGCUUUUCAUUCAGAUAAACAUGAGCAUACUAUAUCUCAUUGCAAAGAAGGAUCAUUGCAGACAUGCAUAAGGGAGACCGCUUCUAGCCAUAAUUUCGGAAAAGAUGAGAAAUUGAAGCAUGAAGUGAAAGGUCUUGCAGUAAAUCUAUGUAGAAUGAUGUCAAAAGCGUGCAAUUUAUCCCAAUUUAAAAAUGUGAUGUUCAUUUUUUACCUUAUUUCAAACGUCUUAAUAAGCUUCAGUCUUCUUAUACCAUUCAUAUUUUUAUAUGAUCGUGCCAUUGAGAUGGGAAUAGACACGGCAAGUGCAAAAUGGCUGGGCGCCAUUAUAGGGAUAACAAAUACCGUUGGCAGAGUGUUUAGUGGGAUUCUUGCUGACAAACUGAAGAUAAAUAAGAUUAUGUUAUUCAGCAGUGCAAUUAUAGUUGUUGGCGUUUCAACUGCCAUUUGUCCACUAUGCACAAACUUUACUUGGCUCGUCGCCUUCUCUUGCGUAUUUGGACUCUCCUACGGUAUAUACAUUCCACUUAUGUCUGUUGUGAUAGUUGACAUCUUGGGAAAACAAAUGUUAACAAACGCAUUCGGCUUACUACUGAUGUGUAAAGGUUUUGCAAAUCUGAUUGGCCCACCGUUUGCGGGUUGGCUAUAUGACAAGACAGAAAGUUAUAAUGCACCUUUCAUUGUUGCUGGGAUCAACAUAACGAUUGCUGGAGUAAUGUUAGCUUUAGUUAUUUGUGUUACGAAACGCAAGCGUAACGACGGACGUGAAAGUGAAAUGAAAAUUACUAACUAACGAGAAACAUUUCGUGCAUGCUCUCAUGCACACACAAACACACGUGUGCAAACAACCCUCUUUGUCAAAAUAGUUUUGCUUGUUUGGUUCCAUCAUA